GCGUUCUGGCCUGGUUCGUUCCAGCUUUGUUCAUGGUGGCUCUCGCCGUCGGGGUCGUCCUUGUGGGAUCCGAGACACCCUCACGGUGGUGCCGGCCCGCGCGCGCGGAGCGGCUGUGGCGGCCACUGUCAGUGUGCGCCGGCGGUCAAAUCCCCCGUCUCUACUGAGCACAUCGUCCGUUUCCCAUGGUGGUGGCGGCAGCCACCGCACUGGACUAGGGUACGGGCUCCGCCGCAAGCUUCACCUCGCCGUUGGCCAUUGCCGGGCUUCCCCACCUCGCUAUGAUCGACACAGCAGUGACCACCGAGCCCGGCCUCAGCGGCGGUCGACCGCUGGCAGGGAGGAGGCACGACCAUGGCGCACUACUUUCCAUGCUCGCCGGCUUCGCAGCUUCAGCGCCAGAUUAACGGAGGCGACAGCUCUAGACGACGACGACGGCGUGGGCGCAGGGCUCUGGUGCCAUGCGACGGCGACCUGGACAGGCAGGAGGUCGAGGAGGGAGGCGGCUCGCGGCAUCGAGCAUGAGGUACGAUUCGACGGCACGGGACGGGCGGGACGCCGGCAGUCUGAACGGCGCGAGCUUGUGGCAUUCGCCAGCUGAGCAGCGUCAUGAGCACCAUUGAUGAGCUGCUUCUCUCUCCGGCUCGCGUCCCUUUACGCCCAUGUCGCCUAUUACACCUUGCUCCGCCGCGACCACAGGCUCGCGCUCCUCCUGGAAGGCGCUGCUGCUGGCCAUGUUCCUCGUGCAGGCGGUGGCCUGCGCCGUGAGCUCGCGGUGGUCGAGGGAGGACGCCGUCGCGGCGAGGAAGCGUGGGAGGAGGAUGACGCGCUUGCAGGCCGAGUCGGCGGAGGCCGGCAUGGGGGCGGUCGAGGCAGUGGUGACGGUGAUGAACUCGGACGGGACAGGGAAACAGCCAAACAGGCCGACACGAGGGGUAGUGGGAGCGAGAGCGGCGGCGAGGCAAGCGCGUUGGAGAAGGUGCGGAUGCAGGCGACCGAGGCCAGCGCCAACGGGAGACGCAGGGCCGGCCCUAGGCCAUGGCAAAAGGGCCUUCAUAAUUCUAGGGCCGGCCCUGGGGAGACGAAAGCGGCCGUUGCUCCCUCGAUCGGGUUGUUGGAGCUCGCCAACCCGGUGGGAGGCAAGGCAAGUGCUGCGCGACCCCGCGUCCCGGAACAUGGCCUUUGCCCGUCCUGUAACCGCGCGUCUGCCCAGACUGCCGGCGACCAGCAGUCCCGCGUCGUCGUCGUGGGGAGCUGCCCGCGUCGGCUAUAGGCUAGCGAGGAGGCAGAGUCGGCCAAAUCCCCAAACAACACCAACGCACUCUUCGCUCCUGGUGCGCGUCACGGCGAUGAUGAUGUUCACGGAGGGCCUCGAUGAGUCGGCCAUAAAGUUGGAUCAAGCGGGGAGUCGGAUACUCCCCCGACGUGCCUGGCCGGCGUCGGGUCCCCCCGCCAGCGCCUCGCCGGUGGUAUUCGGCUGAUUGGACUACGGGCCGCAGCUCCGGGAGCUUCAGCGGCAGCACGAGACAGAGACUACGAGAUGUCCAUGAUUUGCACGGACAGGCACAUACCUACUCUCGCCGCUCCGCGAGAAUCCAUCGAUGACGCGACCAGCCGUCCUCCCCACGGCCCGACUGCGAGGCGUCGGCCGAGAUGGACAUGCGCAAGUCGCUGUUUCACUGUUGCGUGCGCGACGUGGUCCUUUUUCUCUCUUUGCCCUUCAGAAUAUCCCGGAGCAUAUGACUACCACCGUAUACCGUCUUUGCCGUCCUUCCAUGUUGGCUCACCCGGUCCUACAAGAUCAUCUUGCCCAGGGAGAAAAUGUUUAAUCCCUGAUUAGUUGAGAGUCUUCCCUAAAAAAAAAGAUUAGUUGAGAGUCAGACAUGCUGUGGUGCACUGCAAUGCGCUUGCUUGAACAUGCAUAUAUACAGAUAGACUAACAUGUACAACCCAUAAUAAAUAAACUAACAUAAUUAAUCUUUCUUAAG